UUCAUUGACGUAAACUUUGCUUUCUGUUCAUAUUGGUACCUUCUUCCAGUCUAUUUGCACCCUAAAGGUGUAAAUUAACCGGAAGAAUGAACCGCAUGAAAUUCACAGUACACAUUCGAAAGGUUCUCCGUUACGUUAAAUUUGCACCAUUCGGGUCAACGGUUUGCAUAUUACGUAUUCAAUCAACACAAUUACUUAUUUUUAGCUUCAAAAAUAUAACAAUUCUACAGCUGUAAUAAUACAGUUAAUGAAGUGCGCGCAUGUAUUCAAAUGGCAAUAUUUAAAUAAAAAAGAUUUAUAUUUCCGUAGAAAACUCGUCGGGGUUGUUACGUUUAUCUCUGAUAUUUCAAGUGUUAGGCUGCGCUUUGAAUUGAUCAAUCAUUUUUGUUGAAUGCAUCGGAGAGGUAAAAAGAAGUAGAAAUGAAUCGGUCGACCUGUUUUACUAAUUAAACAUUUCCGAAUCGGAGGGAACGAUAAAAAUUUCGAUAGGAAUGCAGUUUCAUUGAUAAUUACCUAGCGGAAACGACGAAGGACGUGUGAUACUACACGUCACUAAAUGGAUAUCGAGGUUCAGGCGAGAAACAGCGCAUGGAUAGAUAAGAAUCUUUGACAAAGAGGAAAGCGUGCGGCAUGGGUCUGCCGCGUCUCUCCUUGAAGGGAUACUUUUUCUAUGUGUUAUGUUCUUCUGGCUUGCUGUUGGUUCUCCUGAAUCUGUUACAGGACGAGAUAUGGCAUCGUAUGCGACCGCAUCCCGGACAAACUCCAUCCGUUCGAGUUGCCGACAGUACCAAGAUGAAACAAAAUUGGCCAACAAAGUCGAGGAAAACGACAAUGCAUAUUCUGCAGACUCAGGGAAAAGCGAAGAAAAAGCUUCUAGCGGAGGUUUUCAACUUAACUGGCACGCCGAUUCUAUCGCGCAACAGUAUAGAAUCUAUGGAUCCAUCGAAAAGACCUUGGUACAUGAAAGGCGGGACCAGAAGACCUUAUCCCGCCGUGAAAUCCCGUCGUACGGGUCGAAGGUUGGCGCGCUUGUGGCCGGAUGAAGAUGCUUAUGACGAUCGCGUCACGAAUCAAUUGAUGUACGUACCUACCGAUUAUAACAAAACAACUGCGGAACAUCAACUAAAGAAAAUAAUGGUUCCGCAUGGAAUGCCGGAGGCAAAAGCUGGACCCGACAUAUUUCUCCAACAUCGUUGCCCAGUAAACACUUGCACGAUUGUUAGGGAUAAUCCAGACGAAGCUGAUUUAAUUCUUUUUAAAGAUUACAUAACUCACGUGGGAAGAAGAUCGCCGAGUCAACAGGUGUGGAUGCUGUAUUUUUUAGAGUGCCCUUAUCACACACAGAGCGUGAAGAAUGCGUACAUUAAUUGGACAGCAACUUAUCGUCGCGACAGCGAUAUAGUUGCACCCUACGAAAGGUGGCAGUAUUACGACCCCAGUAUCACACAAAUACCACAAACAUUCAAUUAUGCAGCAAAUAAAACUAAGAAGGUGGCAUGGUUCGUUUCUAAUUGUCAUCCACGAAAUCAACGUAUGCAUUACGCUAAAGAACUGUCGAAAUACAUACAGGUGGAUAUUUAUGGUACUUGUGGUACUCUGCGAUGUCCACGUUCGCAAUCUCAAGCGUGUUUCGAAAUGCUCGACGAGGACUACAAAUUUUAUCUUGCCUUUGAGAACUCGAAUUGCAAGGAUUACAUCACGGAAAAAUUCUUCGUCAAUGGUCUUGGGCACAACGUUUUGCCGAUCGUGAUGGGUGCGCACCCAACGGAUUACGCCCGUAGCGCGCCGUAUCGUUCGUACAUUCACGUGGACGAGUUCGAAUCCCCGAAAGAAUUAGCCGAAUACCUUCAUCGUCUGGAUCGCGACGACGAGCUGUACAAUUCGUAUUUCCGUUGGAAGGGUACCGGCGAAUUUAUUAACACGUAUUUUUGGUGCCGAGUUUGUGCCAUGCUGCACGACGAACGACCACCGAAAUUUUACAAGGAUGUCAACGAAUGGUGGCGAGGCGAUGGCAUAUGCACGACGACUUCCUGGCGCGAACACGAUCAGACUCGUGCAGGAAAUCUGAAAACCACCUGAACAGUCCUCUACGAGGUUUGGCUAAUUUGUACGAAGCGACGCGACGCGUCUUCUAUACGCUUUCAUUGAAAGAAUCAUCUGAACUUCCAAAGGAUGUUAAGAAUUUUACCGAUACGGACGGGACGGCUAGCUCUGUCGCUUUUCGUUGGUCGCGUGAUUAAUUUGAUGCAACAGGUUUAUGGGAAAUUAAUAGGUUUUCACGAGUUCAGUGUUAACGAGACGUUGACGCGAACAACGUCUGGGUAGCCCGUUAAUUGAAGAAAAAGACUGCCGAUUACGAAUUUGAUGAAACACAAAGAGCUAGGAGUAUUUGAAUCUGUAUUUUUUGACAAACAACAAGGAUUUUUACACAAAUCAAUUGAACUGCUUCGCUAUUUUCGACGAAUAUAGUUGUAUAUGUUUGUGCGAUUGGGAAAAUUUUAUUUAGAAUUUUUUUUUUUUUAAUUAAGAGUUUAUAGUCGCAUCAACAAUUGAUUACGAUUAUUUUUAAUUAAUUGUAAGCUUUCUUUUGUAAAGUUGUUUAAAUUUUUUUCUUAUAUUAUUUUUACAAUUUACUACUGUUAGUGUUGUAAAAAGUACUACAACAACUAUAGUGAGUUGAAAAAGCGAACUGUUUUAUACAUUUAUUAAUACAUAGCGAACAUUGACGUAGUUUGAUGUGAAAUUGGAAGAUAUUAAAAAAUGUUGACGUGAUUAAUUUAAAAAAAAGACAUACAUUAAAAGCACAAUGUCUUGUUAAAGUUGCAUUUAAACUUGAUAUUUAAUAACAAAGAUAUACUACAGGUAGAAUACAAAAUCAAUUUAUUUCGAUUUUCUAAUUUUCUAACAGCUGACUAUUUAUGAAAUUGAAAUGUGUAAAAUAUCGCAGGCAAAAUGAAAAUAGAUUAGUACUUGUCGCUUUCGAAGCUAAAGGUACUAGGUAUUACAACUAAGGUAUAGUGUUGUGAUUAUUAUUAUAAUUAUUCAGGUAUAAUAGUAAUUUUUAUUUAUGUUAAUAAUACCUUAGAAAGAUACGGAAUAGAAUUAUGAGAUGGUCCUGGUUAAAAUACUAUGAUUAUUUUUAUUUUUCUUGUGUGUUUUAUACUCAAAGAUUGUCUCUAAGCAUCAAAAUUAAUUCGUUCAAUAGCACGACCCUUGCAUCGAUCACACAAAAUAAAUUCUAUUAUCAUUAAAUAUAGGAAAUAGAAGAAAAUAGAAGAACAUUGUACAAUAGCGAAAAAUUCGAUCGUAUACAGAUUAAUGUAAUUCUAAAUGUUCCUGGAACGUCAACGAUGUAAGCACACUAUCUUCGUCCAAUAUUCGGAUAAAUAUUCAUAUGAGUGCACGUUUACAUUCAAUGAAUAUUUAUCGGAUAAAAUAUUCAUGUGGGUUCGAAAUCAGAGCAUGCUUAUAUUCCAAAGCUUGUUUUACCAAAUAUCAGUAAAUUGCAUAAUCUAUUAAUUUGCUUAAGAUAUACAGCAUGAAGUAAUAAUCCUUUCCAUACAAAGCAGUAAUUUGCAUAAAUUUUAAAAUCGUUUGCACUUAUUAAAUAAUAUCAGAUCAAAUGCUUCGAAUUUGAAAACUUGAGUGCUGCAAUGAAAUAUUAACAUUAAUCUAAUAUAAAUAUUAUGUUUACAAGAUUUCAUUAGAAGUCGUAUAAGAAAAUAUCCAAAAAAGUUUUUUAUCAGAUUAGAUCUAUACUUUACUUCUUUAAUAUCUUUAAUUAUUAAGUAAAGAGAAAAUAUUGUUACGAUAGUAUACCUUAUCGAGACCAAAGAAAUUUUGUAAGAAGCUUUUAGAUGAUUUAUUCGAAGCAAUGGAAAAGUUUAUUGCUACAUUCUGUAUAGUAAAUUGCACUCUCGUAUGAGGUACUGUUUAAUCGAAAACAUUGAACGAAUUAUUUGUAAAUUCAGUGUAGAUCGAGUCUUUCAAAGUGUGAUGUCUACAAUUUUACUUGUUAAUAGAUAACGAUAGAUCUAAUGAAUAUUAAAAUCAAUGUACAAUGCUAGAAUAAUAAUUUUUUUAGACUAUUCUCAGAUUUUAAAGCAUCGGAUGGCUUUCGAAAUUCUAAGGCUACUCAUUGAAAGUGGAAUUGAUAAAUAAUAGAAAAUCGUAGUAAGGAAACGUUUACAUGCAAAUGAAAAUUGCUUACCGUUUCUACAACUGUUUUUUGCAUUAUGGAAUUUAUUGUUUCCGUAUAUUCGAACCUACACGGGUAAAUCACCGAUUUAAGCCAUUAUUUGGAGCAACGCCGGGUUAAGGGAUGGUCUAAAGUCUAAGGGAUGCUACAACCAUAAGGCUCACUUACAGGCUUUCCAUUUAGUAUUUCAUUAUAUUUAAAAUAAUUUUCAAUUUUUGAACCAAGUUUAUCAAUCAAGGCACCCUUAUAGGCUUUACAUUUAAUAUUUUAUUUUAUUUAAAAUAAUUUUCAAUUUUUGAAUCAAGUUUAUCAAUUAAGAGCCCUGUUAUAGGCUCCCUAUUUACUACUUUAUUUUAUUUAGAAUAAAUUUCAAUAUUUGAACCAAGUUUAUCAACCAAGGGUUCUGUUAUAAGCUCUCCAUUAAAUAUUUCAUUUUAUUUAGAACAAAUUUCAAUUUUUGUAUCAAAUUUAUUAACCCAGGGGCCUUCGAAAGGUUGAUAGUCCCGGGCUCCAAAAAUCUUAAUCCGGUAUUGAGGCUAUAAUUCGAUGAAUUGUUGACAGUGGUCUUCGCUUGAUACGUUGUACAAGUUUUUACUUCAUGUUCAUCGAACCAUUAUUGUAUCAUUUAGAUGCAGCAGAAGCAAUAUGGUUCAUCGUUCAGGGUUGCUAAUCACUGUCAUAGACAUGCCACUUUUAUGUAAGCGACUCUCAUUGAGAAAAUUUUCGUGUUAUGCAGAUGUACGUUUAAUACAUUGUACAUAUACCGUCGUUAAGUGUAAAAUGUCA